GAGAGACACUAAAUACAACAGAAUAGCAAAAAAAAGGUACAUAUUUUUUCUCACUUUUUUUUCUUUGCUCUGCCAUUUGGCCUGGCAUAUCAAAAAAUUACUGACAGAUCACCAAAUCGCAAAUCAACCCAAUUAAUAUCAGCUUUAUGAGGGAAGAUAAAAAUAAUAUUGAGCGCAACAAAACCCGAAUUUCGCAUUUCUGCAUACUUUGUCUCUUCUAUUUAUUGCAUUCCCAAUCCACAGCUCUCGACUUUUAAUUCACAAACAACAAUGCAAGAGGUCAUUCGCGGUCUAUUCAGAGGAGCCAAGCGUGGCGUCAUGACAUCAAAGAAGGGCCAUAACUUUUACAAGGGAAAUCGCACAGGCUCAAUGGGUAGUCACACCAAGCACGGAAACUAUGUGGUUGAUCUAGAGAAGGUCCGUACGUUUGUUGUCCCCGAUAUGGCCGGCUGCGAGCUCAAGGCGUAUGUGUCCCAUCGCUCGGACAAAUUCAAGGCUGACCCUUGCACUGCGGAGAGCUUUGUCGUUGCCAAGGUAUAAAAGCAACGGCUUUGCGGUGCUUCUUUAAUCAAUUCAAGCCAUGUUUUAGAAAAAGCAGCGCUUUGUUUUAUUUAUAAAAGUAUUUGUACCUAUUCAGCUUUAGCUUGCGCCAAAACUGUCACAUAUUAUUUCCCGAUUGUCCUUUUCAAUAUACAUAAAUCAACUUGUCA